AUGGUUACUAUCGUAUCACACAUCUCAAAUUAUUUUGAGCAAUUUAACAGUUCAUUAACAGCAACUUUCGAAACAUCGUCUCACUCUCAUAAUGUUUUAUCAUCCACCGAUAAACUUCCACUAUCAUUUUAUGUAUUCGAUUUUGAACGAUACACCGAUCAAAUGGAAACAUUACGUGAUUUACGCACAUAUAUGAUCCAACGUUGGCAUAAUAGUUUUUUCUAUGCACUUGCAUAUUUAUUCUUAAUAUACACUGGUCAGAUUUAUAUGAAAAAUAAACCACGAUUCGAGUUACGUUUAUGGUUAGCAGCAUGGAAUACAUUUUUGGCAAUAUUUUCAAUCUUUGGAGCUAUGAGAGUAUUACCAGAAUUAAUCUAUGUUAUUUAUACACAUGGUAUGAAAUACUCAAUUUGUAAUAAUUCCAAUGCUUUUGGAGUCGUUGGAUUUUGGACAUGGGCAUUUUGUUUUUCAAAAUUACCAGAAUUAAUCGAUACUGUAUUCAUUGUUCUUCGUAAACAACCAUUAAUUUUUCUUCAUUGGUAUCACCAUGCAUCAGUGUUGAUCUAUUGUUGGUUUAGUUACCAAGAUUACAGUUCAACUGGAAGAUGGUUUUGUGGUUUAAAUUAUGUCGUCCAUGGUAUUAUGUAUUCCUAUUACGCAUUACGUGCAAUGAAAUUUCGUAUACCACGUUGGGUAGCAAUGAUUAUAACAAUACUUCAACUAAAUGUAAUGGUCGAACUUGAAAUAAAACAAUCACAAAUACCAGGCGCAGGUUGUGGUUUAUUCACUCGAAUUCCAAUUUCAAAAGAUUCAUGUGUAUGUAUUUAUACAGGCAAAGUACUUCGUACGAUCGAUGCUAUACGUCUGGAAGAUAAAUCUUAUUUAAUGAGACUUGGUCCACAAGUUUAUGUUGAUCCAUGUGAUGAUACAACUGUACUUGCCAGAUAUAUAAAUGAUCCACGUAAUCGUCUAUUACAGAAUGUUAUAUUUGAUAAACGUCCUGAUGAACAAUGUGCUUAUAUUAUUGCUAAACGAGAUAUAGCCGCUGGUGAGGAAAUUUUUGCUGAUUAUGGUCGAUGGUAUUGGUUAAAAAAGACUCCUACUCGUUUAGAUAAACUUCCACCGAGAUAA